CCUUUUAACGGGCCUUUUUAUAGCCGUCGAGAACCUGUGACGCAUAACAGAAGUCUAUCGUAAGUGGUCCCUUCAAUGCAGCAUGCGGUGGAAACCCUCCGUACCAAUUGGGAGAUUGGCAACCUGGACGUCGGGCCACGAUGAAGUCACAUCCUGGGAGAGCAUCAUUUGAAGCCCCUGGCAGGUAUCAUGGAAGCCUGCAGAAACUCUCCACUCGUGGCUGGCGUCUUCGCGAUCCCACUCUCCAAUACGUCGCAUCGGCUUCACGGGCGAAUGAUUAGGUAUACGAAUUCCGGAGGCGCAAACCUUCUAUUUCAUUUGCGACCUUGCCUGGCAACCCGCAAGUUCAACUCACUGUCCAAAUCGGUUGAAACCAACUACUCGCUGGUACCAGAUGUUGCCAACAAGUCCCGUCACUUGUCAACCUGAACGGUUCUUAUUGCUCUCCAGGAAAGUUAGCCCUUCCACGCCUUCGGAACCUCGAGAAGCCGUUGCAAUGCCCCUGCCUUUGCUGGUGUUCCUGCAUGGGAUUGGAAGAAACAACCUAAGCGUGGGCGGCGACUAUCAAAUACGCCACAUCUGGAACCCCUGCAAGGCUAUAGCUCUUCCCCAUAUGCCCAAAUGCAGUAUGGGAUUCGGCUCUGACACGACGACGCGCCUCACGAUCGGCUCGUUUAUCGUAGAUGGAUAUUCGACUACUAAGCUGCAGGUGCAACCCACUGAUAAUAGUUUCUUUCUAUUUUCGGCAUCUCCAAAAACUGGUUUUGCGUUGAGAAAUGUUUCCAAAGUUAUUAGCAUGACUGCAAUGGGAUGUCGAUCCGCCACCUCGAACGGCGAAUUCGCCUUCCCACAGCCCUACGCGGCUCACUUGGAGGCAACUCUUCGGCACUUGAUAUUUGUAGUGUAACUUGUUGAUCUCUUCGUGUUCGCUGGUCGCUUCUGCACCC